GAGGAAGAAGUUUAUUUAAAAAAAAAAAAAAAAAGGAGGCGAGGACGCCGGCACGCAACACAGGGAGAGCUCGGGGAGAGCUCGGAGCUCGCUGGGAGCGCGCGGGCCGGAGCCGGGCUCGCUCGCUCGGUGCGAUGCACUAAAUGAAGCGGCCGCCGGGCUCCUGAGGGGUUAGUUAGCACAGCCGGAGCGCUCCGGGCACUGGAGGCGGAGGCAGCAGCAGAAGGAGGAGGGGCAGCCUUCGCAGCCGCCGCGGCCGCCGCGGGCACGGACUGAGCAGGAGCCGCUGCCGCCCCCGGAGCGCCGCGGCCCAGCCCCAGCGGCCCCAGCGGCCCCCUCCGGGAGCCGGCCUCGGCCAAGUCCAGCCCGGGAGCGGGGAGAGCGGCCGGGUCAGUCCCGAGCCGGAGGAUCCGCCCUCCAGCCAUGGCGACCAAGGCUCGGGUUAUGUAUAAUUUUGAUGCUGAACCUGGAAAUAAUGAAUUGACAGUUAUUGAAGGGGAGAUCAUCACAAUUACAAAUCCGGAUGUAGGUGGUGGAUGGCUAGAAGGAAAAAAUAAUAAAGGAGAACGAGGGCUCGUUCCCACAGACUACGUCGAAAUUUUGACUAAUGGUGGAAAAGAUCAGUUUUCUUGUGGAAAUUCAGUUGCUGACCAAGCCUUCCUGGAUUCUCUUUCAAGUGCAGUCCAAGUUAACUCUUCAACAGCCAACAGUAAUAACCAGGGGGAUAUUUUGACUCAGAUUGGCUGCAUCGAAAGCCUCAAGCAGUCACCACCUUCAUCUUCUUCUCCUUCUCCUUCUUCUAUAAACGAGGUCAACAAUGCUAAUGACCCUUGGUCAAACUGGAAUGCUGGAAAAUCUGGGAACUGGGAUAGCUCAGAAGGCUGGGGAACCAAGCCAGAAGGUGCCUCUGCACAGAAAAACACUUCCAACAACUGGGAUACUGCCUUUGAUCAUCCACAGGCUUACCAUGGACCAGCAGCUGCCGGGGAUGAGGAUGACUGGGAUGAAGACUGGGAUGACUCUAAGUCAUCACCUCCUACUUAUUUUAAGGAUGUAGAGUCUACAGAUGGCGGAGGGGGUCAUCGAGGCAAUGCUCGAGUUGGUGGCGCUUCUAUGAAGAUUCCACUUAACAAAUUUCCUGGAUUUGCAAAACCUGGAAUGGAGCAGUACUUAUUGUCAAAGCAGCUAGCAAAACCCAAAGAGAAAAUUUCCAUCAUUGUUGGAGAUUAUGGCCCAAUGUGGGUUUACCCCACCUCUACAUUUGACUGUGUUGUAGCAGAUCCCAGGAAAGGCUCCAAGAUGUAUGGUUUGAAGAGUUACAUCGAAUAUCAAUUGACAGCCACUAACACUAAUCGAUCUGUCAACCACAGGUAUAAGCACUUUGACUGGCUCUAUGAGCGGCUUCUGGUUAAGUUUGGGUCAGCCAUUCCAAUCCCUUCCCUCCCAGACAAGCAGGUUACAGGCCGCUUCGAAGAAGAAUUUAUAAAAAUGCGAAUGGAAAGACUUCAGGCAUGGAUGACUAGAAUGUGUCGUCAUCCUGUCAUCUCAGAAAGUGAAGUUUUCCAGCAGUUCUUGAACUUCCGGGAUGAAAAGGAAUGGAAAACCGGGAAAAGGAAGGCUGAGAAAGACGAGCUGGUGGGUGUUAUGAUAUUUUCAACCAUGGAACCAGAAGCCCCAGACCUGGACUUGAUAGAAAUAGAACAGAAAUGCGAGGCUGUUGGCAAGUUCACCAAAGCCAUGGAUGAUGGUGUGAAGGAGCUGCUAACAGUGGGACAAGAACAUUGGAAGCGGUGUACAGGACCAUUGCCCAAGGAAUAUCAGAAGAUAGGAAAAGCCUUGCAGUGUUUAGCAACUGUAUUCAGUUCUAGUGGCUACCAAGGUGAAACAGACCUCAAUGAUGCAAUUACAGAAGCAGGAAAAACUUAUGAAGAAAUUGCUAAUCUUGUGGCAGAGCAGCCAAAGAAAGAUCUCCAUUUCCUGAUGGAAUGUAAUCAUGAAUACAAAGGAUUCCUUGGCUGCUUCCCUGACAUCAUUGGUGCUCACAAGGGAGCAAUAGAAAAGGUGAAAGAAAGUGAUAAAUUGGUGGCAACCAGUAAGAUCACCCCCCAGGACAAACAAAACAUGGUGAAGCGUGUGGGCGUAAUGUCGUAUGCACUACAAGCGGAGAUGAAUCACUUUCACAGUAACCGGAUAUAUGACUAUAACAGUGUCAUCCGCCUGUAUCUGGAGCAGCAGGUACAGUUUUAUGAAACGAUUGCAGAAAAGCUGAGGCAGGCCCUCAGUCGCUUUCCGGUGAUGUAGGCCAGAACAAAGAAAGUACAUGAAGAAAACUCCGAAGUGCUUCUUUCUGACUUGGGGCAAUGCAAUUUAAAGUUUAUCUUCUAUUCUUUUUCUCCUUUCACCAUCCAAAAAAAAAAAUCCGAAAAAUAACUGAAUUUUUUUUUUAAAGAACCCACAAAAUUAAGAUAUUUACUUUGUUAACCAGCCUAAAUGCAUCAUUUAUUCAGCAGUGUCCCCUUUUUUAGUUCAUUUUUCAUAUCCAUUAUUUUAAAAAAACAAGAAUUUGUCUCUAUUUUUGGAAAGCAUUUCAGAUUGCUGGGAUUUGUUAAUGAAAAAUUAGAAGUUUUUCCCAUUGAUUUUUAUAUAGAUUCCUAAUCUCUAAGUCACAUAAAAUCUUCUAGUUCUUACCCAAUGUCAGAUCAUUACUAAUUUCUUUAAAAAUAUGAAAUAUGCCAGAAUAAAAAAAAUAUAUGUUUGUAUAUUUUUAUAACUCUAACGUCUUUGGGGGAUUCCUGUCUGCUAUUUAGCAAAAUCUGCAUACAUUUCAUUUACAUAUUUGAAACACAACUGCUUAUAUUUGGGGGGGGGGGGUCAGGAGGGAGGUGAAAAGGGAACCCCUGGGAUUUUUAGGUCUGUCACAUUCUAAAGGUAUUUCACCCUUACCUCUUUAAAAGGAUUCAGACCUCACAAAACAAGCUACAAAAGGCACAGGUGGGUUCCAUUUCCUCACCUAUCCACUGUCUUCAAAGUAAUCUCUGCUGCACCCUCCUGGUGGCCCACGUUUGUGCUUCUAUUGGUUAUUGCUCAUUUCUCUUUUCAAAUUGGAGUCAGGGGCAGCUAGGUGGCACAGUGGAUAGAGCCCCGGCCCUGGAUUCAGAAGGAUCUGAGUUCAAAUCUGACCUCAGACACUUGACACUAACUAGCUGUGUGACCCUGGGCAAGUCACUUAACCUUCAUUGCCCUGCCCCCCCCAAAAAAAAAAUGGAGUCAGGGUAAUAAACACUAAUAAACGUCAUCUGUCAGGAACAUCUUUAGUGUUGGUUUUCUCCCCUCCACUGAUGAGGCAGCCUGAUGAUAGUUGGUGUCGUAGGUAUAGAGGGCACUUGGGGGUGGAGGGGAGGAGUAAACUGGGCCCCCCCCCAAGUGUUUGCAACCUUUUUUUUCCUUUUGUUGUUCAACCCUCACCCAGAUAAUACAGAGUGCUGGUGAUGGCAUACCACCCCCCACCCCCAACCAGAUACAGAAUCUUUGUUAUAGCAUUGUGCCCCCAUUGGAUAUUUUCUUGGGGGGGGGGGGUGUAAAAACACAGUUCAAUCAAUUUAACAGCAAAAGAGGAAGAUGGCCCUCCACUAUCCCACCACCUCCCUCCCCCAUCCUCCUGCCACUACAGUGGAAAAGUUUGGAGACUGCCUUUCAGGUGAUAGUGUGAAGCCUGAGCAAUGGACGGUAAUUCUUGUGAUUCAGGAGGAGGUGAGAGGAUACUUUUCCCACUGGUUGUGCCCUAUGCUCAGCCUUACUUCAGACAGAAUUAUUCCAGCUGCCUAUACUUCAGUUAUUGACACACGUAGCCUCAACAAGUCAAGUAACUUAACCCUGAGGCUGACACACCAGGAAGCCGAAUUAUAUACCAUAGAGGGGCAGGGGAUAUUUUCCUAGCUCUGGGGGCUGUUUUACUUCUACUGUCCUUAAAAUACUUUCAUUUUUCCGUAUUAAUGGUUAGAGAAAAGGAAAAAUAGAGGCCAGAAUAAGAUGAAACCAAAAAUAGAUAAAAUGAGGGUGAGUAUGUGAAAACAUCUUACACUUCAGUGUCAGGAGUUUUUGUUAAUAAUUUAUAAAUAAUUUUCCCCCCGAGUUUUCCUUUUAUAAAAUUCCAUAGAGCCAUGUUUAUGAUAUAGCCAUUUAAUAUAUGUACAAAUUGUAAAGAAUGUGUAUAAAUAUUUUACACCAAAUGCAUGUAGAAGCAACUUAUAAAAUAAAUUGUUUAAAAAAAACUGUACAGU